AUUCAGGACAGGAACCAGGGCUUUAAACAUAACAUGACUUUCAAGUUAACAUCUAGCCGGUAUCUUCGCGAAAUAUUGAUGCCAGCUUUAAUUCCGUUCGUGUAGCACCUAUAGCUCCCCACACUGUGUUAAGAUUUUCCUUCAACAUAAAACUGCCUGUCAUUCAUCCAAAAUGUUGAGUUACUGCCAUAAUUGGACAAAUAAUUCUGAGCUUUGGGUUGACAAUGGAUUUAACCAAUGUCUCCUCAACACCGUCACUUCAUCUAUUGUCUUCGGGUUCCUUCUUUUGUUUGGGUGCCUGCAAUGUUCGAUGUACCGAAAAUAUGGCACAAACAUGGACAAGAAGUAUGUCAACACAAACUUUGGAUCAGUUUUACAGAUAUUUCUGACUGUGAUGCUAGUGUUGGAAUCGCUGGGUCACAUUGUGACAACAGAUAUGAUGAAAAUCAAAGGUGGUGUGAGAGGGGUUGAUAUUUUAGUUUUUCUCUGUCUCUUUAUUUCCUGGACUGCGACACUACGGAUAUUAGGCCUAGAACGUAAGCAGCUACUCCCAGCAUUACCGUCACGGAGACACGGCCUUGUUUUGCUUGUGUUCUGGACUCUGGCUUUCCUAAGAGAAAACCUUGCCUUCAUUUCUUGGUGGAGCCAUGACUGGUGGUGGUACUUGAAUAGUCCAGCUGACCAUGCAGAGUUUGGUCUAUGGGUGGUGAGAUACUCUUGCACGGCCCUACUGUUUGUUCUGGGACUAAGGGCCCCUGGAUUACCCACAGAUGGGUACAAGGCACUGCUGGAUACCAAACAUGGAAACAAGGAGAAGGGUGAAGGAGCGUCUCAUGAAGGCUCCACUUGGAGUAACGUCCUAAAGAAACUGCGACUGAUGACGCCGUAUGUGUGGCCAAAAGGGAGUUGGUGGAGGCAGCUAAUUGUGGUUCUCUGUCUCGUUAUACUGGGUGCUGGUCGCGGGAUUAAUGUGUUUGUGCCUAUUUACAACAAGUACAUCGUUAAUAGCCUGACGAUCGUCCAAUCAAGUUCAGGCCUCUCUUUAAGGACGGGCCCUGAGUUCCGUUGGGAUUAUAUUUGUAUCUACAGUACCCUGCUCUUUUUCAAGGGUAGCAGUGCAGGUGGAUCAGGGUUCCUGAACAAUAUGCGGACGUUCCUAUGGAUACCUGUACAGCAAUACACAACACGACGUGUGCAGGUUAAGCUCUUCUCCCAUCUUCACAGUCUGUCUCUAAGCUGGCAUUUGAAACGGAAGACUGGGGAAAUUUUGCGAGUGGUUGACAGAGGAACAAACAGCAUUAAUAACCUCCUCAAUUAUGUGAUUUUCCAAAUCCUCCCCACCAUAAUCGAUAUUGUGAUAGCGGUUGUGUAUUUCGUCACUGCCUUUAACUACAUCUUCGGGCUCGUUGUAUUCCUUUGUAUGGUUUUGUAUUUAGCUAUCACAAUUUUCAUUACUGAAUGGCGGACCAAAUAUAGAAGGGAAAUGAACAAGUUUGACAACGAGACCAACGCUAAGGCUGUAGAUUCCUUGCUGAAUUUUGAAACCGUAAAAUACUACGGUGCUUCAGAGUUUGAGAUUAACAGGUACAACAAUGCAAUAAUGGACUUCCAGAAAGCUGAAUGGAAGGCUACGGCAUCUCUCAACCUUCUUAAUACAGCCCAAAAUAUUGUCAUAACGGGCGGCGUGCUUGCGGGCUCUUUGCUGUGUGCUUGGGCAGUUGUUCAUGAACUAAAUGGGCUCCAUCUUACAGUGGGCGACUAUGUUCUGUUCGGGACCUACAUUAUACAGCUGUAUGGUCCUCUGAAUUUUCUCGGCACAUACUAUAGAAUGAUCCAGCAAGCAUUUAUUGACAUGGAGAACAUGUUUGAACUACUAGAAGUCGGUAUGGAAAUUCAGGAUGAGCCCAAUGCUCCUGAUAUGCAGAUACGAUACGGAGAAAUCGAGUUUAAAGAUGUGCAGUUUAGAUACGAGCCAGCCAAGCAGAUAUUGAAGGGCAUAACAUUCAAAGUUCCAGCCGGUCACACAUAUGCAUUGGUUGGCCAUUCUGGAAGUGGUAAGAGCACCAUCAUUCGACUGUUGUUCCGGUUUUACGACAUCGAGUCAGGCUGUAUUCUUAUUGAUGGGCAGGACAUAGCUAAGGUAAAGCAGGAGUCAUUACGAAAGGGUAUAGGUGUCGUUCCACAAGACACAGUAUUAUUCAACAAUGACAUCCUCUAUAAUAUCCGUUAUGGCCGUGUCACCGCAGAGGACGAUGAAGUACAUGACGCAGCAGACGCAGCAGACAUCCACUCCAGGAUUCUCACAUUUCCUGCCAAAUAUGAAACAGUAGUGGGAGAGCGAGGAUUGAAGUUGAGCGGUGGGGAAAAACAGCGGGUUGCCAUAGCGAGGACACUUCUGAAGGCCCCAGCUAUUGUGUUACUAGAUGAGGCCACCUCUGCUCUCGACACCAAGACGGAGCGAAACAUCCAGUCGUCCCUUGCCCGAGUGUGUGAAAACAGGACAACCAUCAUUGUAGCCCAUCGUCUGUCGACUAUCAUACACGCUGACCAGAUACUUGUAUUGGACGAAGGGGAGAUCAUUGAAAGGGGAACUCAUGAAGAACUUCUAUCCAGUGAAGGUAUCUACCAUGAAAUGUGGCAACAACAAUUAACAAAGAUGGAGGAAGAAGAUAAUGGUGCCAGUAAUGGUGGCGAUGAUGAUGGAACUGGUGGUGCUGGUGUUGUUACUGUCGAACAACAUCAUAGUGUUAACUAGUCAUCUUGUUCUCAGAUCUGUGUCAAUGUGAUAUAUGAUUGUGUUAGACAAAAUAUAAUGCAAUUAUUAGUUGAGUGUAUGUCUAAAUGCAAAACAAUAGUUUUUUAAGACUAAAUGCAAAAUAGUAGUGUUGCAUUAGUAUGAGAUUAAAUACACUUUUUAAUGCUAGACUAAUGAGAAGAAAAAGGUUUGUUAAAUUAAAUGUAAAACAAAAGCAAGAUAGCUCUGUGUUAGAUUAAAUGCCAGUGUUUUUGGGGGAACUAUUUAUACUGCCUGUGCCUUGCAAAUUGGGGGAAAAAAAUGAGCUUGGGAAAAAUACAAAAUCAGAACAAAAUAGCAAUAUGUAUUUUCGAUGUUUUAUGCCGCAAAACUCAUUUUCUUAAAGCGUUAGUAAAGCUUUUAUUCACAAACUUUUCAAUUUUCAAAUGUAAUUAUUAAAAACUGUGAGCUGAUAUUUUGUCACUGGUCUUAUCACUAGUUCUAGAUAUUAACGCAAAGAUUGGUUCAUUUCAAGACAAAAAAAUAAUGCAAAAAGUUCUCAAAACAGUCCAUCUGUGAGAGUUCAGCUUAAACAGAAAGGUAGUAUAUUCUCACCAAAGAUUUGACCAUUUUUAAAAUAAACUUCUGUCAAAAAGUUAUUCAUUCUUAUUAUUUAUUUAUACCUUUAAUUUUCUCUUGCAGUUUAUUUCAUAGAAAAUGGUAUCUUAAAUUUAAAGAUAUGACUAUAUGCCAGUUGAGUAACAAUAAAAGACGGGUAUCACACAUUUUGGUUAGUUGAACAAUGAUUUAACUGAUUCUGAUUUACAUCUAUGUUAGUAAACUACCAUCCUCUGCACCCUAGCCUAUCAUAACCUACCCCGGUAUAUGAUACCCUGGGCAAAUCAGCUGUUAAAAUCUCGUACUCAUGAAUAAUAAAUUAGGUGAAAUCCUGCCGCUUGAUUGGUCGCAUGAGACACACCUCAUGCGGUGCAGAAAUGGCCAAGAAGUUACAGAUGUAAUCUCAGUUCGAAAUAAUCCAAUGAGAUCACGGCUUACAAAUCGUUUUAGGCAGGAUAUUGUUAAAUAUGCCCAUAGCUCUUCACAAUGGGGAUUCUUUCCUUUUUGUUAUCGGCUGUUUCAUCGGUCGGAAAAUGCUUAUGAAUAUUCAAGAUUUACGAAGUUUCCCUAGCCAAUUUGCCCAGGGUAUCAUAUAGGUUAUGAUACGCUGGGGUGCCGAGGAUGGUGAACUGCUUGUUUUUGUGUGUUUUUUGAAGAAAAAUAAUGCCCUUGUAUCUCUGCAACAGGAAGAUUCAAAGUUUAAAUUGAAGAUUUUCCUGAAAGCCUUUGAAGAAAAGCUGAUUUAUUUGAUGUGUUGUUUGUUUAUGAUUUUUUAAUGUAGGUCAAGUAAUCUUUAUUGAGGAUUUAGUUUUGAUUUAAACUGUCCUUAAAAAAAUGGUUGAAAUACUGUUGUGAAAGGUUUUUCAUCUAUACUGUACAUAAAUGUUGUACUAUUGUAAUGAAUGGUUGUGUCCUCAUAUCUUAAGGAGCAUUAUUUUAGUUUUUUGCAGUUGAUAUGUUUAAUAAUGGCUAAAAUGUCUUGAUGUGAGAUUAACAGCAUUGUAAACUAUUUUAUUUUCAUAUGUUUAAAUAAAACAAGCGAAGUUGAAACAUACUCAAGUGUUGUUGGAAAUCCUACACAUCAUCAGUGUUUUAAUGGAACUUCCAAAGUAGUAAAGAUUUAAAAGUUUACAACAAUGACAUUUUAUCAUCAAUGUAAACCUGUUCAACCAGUUUAUUCCUGUGCAUACAUUUACAUCUAUAUACCCUUUUACAUUGACAGUAUGAUUUCAGAAUAAAAGUUAUGAACAAUAUUCCCUUUAGGCUUUAUCGAUUUACAUGUAGUUACCCACAUAUCAUGUGCUCAUAAAUUAAAUUUGUAGACUUUGUCGUUUAGCCUUAGUUAAGUUGUUGUAUUUAGGACGUUGUGAAAAAUACUGUGAUGUUUGUGAUAUUUUGACGGGAAAAAAAAA